AGGAAGUGAAGUGUACACGUGGGAAACUGGAAUCCACGGUCGAGAGUGACAAACGUUUUGGAAAGCUUCCAUCAGUUCAGUAGUGUAAGAAUGGCUGUCCGUGCAUCAUUUGAAAAGAAUAAUGAAAUUGGCUGCUUUGCCAAGCUCACCAACACAUACUGCCUGGUUGCCAUUGGCGGUUCAGAAAACUUUUACAGUGUUUUUGAAGGUGAACUUUCAGAAACAAUACCGGUUGUCCAUGCCUCCAUAGCAGGAUGUCGAAUUAUUGGCAGAAUGUGCGUGGGAAAUCGUCAUGGUCUCCUGGUGCCCAAUAACACAACAGAUCAAGAAUUACAGCACAUCAAGAACUGCCUGCCAGAUUCAGUGCGCAUUCAGAGAGUAGAAGAGAGACUUUCUGCACUGGGGAACGUCAUCUCUUGUAAUGACUAUGUUGCUUUAGUCCAUCCUGAUCUAGACAGAGAAACAGAAGAAAUCUUGGCUGACACUCUAAAAGUGGAAGUGUUCCGGCAGACGAUUGCAGAGCAGGUGCUUGUGGGUAGUUACUGUGCCUUCAGUAAUCAGGGUGGUCUCGUUCACCCCAAAACAUCUAUUGAAGAUCAAGAUGAAUUAUCAUCACUCCUGCAAGUGCCUUUAGUGGCUGGAACUGUGAAUCGUGGGAGUGAGGUGAUCGCUGCUGGUAUGGUGGUGAACGACUGGUGUGCGUUCUGUGGACUGGACACAACGAGCACUGAGCUGUCCGUCAUUGAGAGCCUCUUCAGGUUAAGUGAGACUCAGCCCAGUGCCAUAGCGACUACAAUGAGAGAUUCACUCAUUGACAGCCUCACAUAAAACACAAAUGGUUCUGAAUGGUUUGGAGAUUUGCAGGAAAAGACCUGCAGAGGACCUUGAAGGCGAAAUCCAAUGGUUUUGAAGCCUGAAUAUGUCUCCCUUAAAGGGGAAAAGCACUCUUCUUACUAUGAGCAAACGUUGUCAUUGUAAUAUUCAUGUAUGAAAUGGCACAACUAUAUUUUUGUGGAAAUACUGAGAUGAAAACUUGUAUGUUAAAUAAUGCCUGAUUUUAACCAAAUCAUCAAUUACAUUAUACCCAUGUCUGAAGACACCUCAUGUCUUUAAAAAGUGAGAAAUGUACAGACAUUUUGUUUCUUCGUGCAAUGCAUCAUCAAUAAAGCCGUAUAUGGAUCAAUACUGAUACU